AUGCUCGCAACUUCGUUAUUCAUCACCGCGUUCUGCUUCUUAUUUGCCCGUGCCGAGGACUGGGCCACCUACCCUCAAGUGCCCAAAACGGCCUCCAUCAACGGCUUCGCCGACCCCAUCAUCGACUUGUUGCCGCAAUGUGCCAAAGAAUGCGUCAAGUUCCCCGUCAACAACACUCCUUGUCCAUACUGGGACACCGGUUGUUUCUGCGUCAUGCCCCAGUGGGCCGGCUUAGUGGGCCAAUGCAUAGCCUUGAGCUGUUCCGGGGACGAUGUAGCUAGUGCUACGUUUUUGGCCACCUCGUUGUGUUCAACGGUGGGCGCCAACACUUGGAUGAUGCCUGCUUCGAUCUCGACCAUGUUGAGUACUGCUGCUGGCAACGCGAGAGAAGUUACUACUAUUUCGGGCAUGACACCCAUGUCGUGGGUUAUUGGUCCUGGGAGCUCGGCUAGCACUGGCACUGUUGAUGUUGCUACUGAAACUGGCACUGCUGCUGCUUCUUCUGCUACAACCUCCGCUACUACGGCUAGUGGCUCUUCGUCAGCUACAAAUAUCGCCGUUUUGCAAACUGCUAGCUUUGGGUUGGUUACCGCGGGUUUCCUUUUGAGUUGGUUGUUCUGA